UGCAGAAGUGAAAAACAGGUGCAUCCUCUGAAGGUUCAAGGAUGAUCCCUCUUUGGUUCUUUUCCCUCUGCCUGGCCCGAGAGCUCCCCCUCCCAGCCAGUUCCAGCAUCCUCCUAGUCCUAGAGGCUAUUCUCGAGGUCAUUGCUCCGGCCAGAGAGCCUGGGGGGUGUCGGCUUAAGGUGCAGAGGGGCAGCUGCUGCAACAGUGAUAUGGAGCUGAAGGGCGGUCGGGAGAAGGAACUGGAGGAAGAGGAAGAGGAGACAGAUUCAGCCACUUAGGGACAUGAGGUCCCAGUCGGAGGAGCGGGAGAGCAGCAGCAGCAGCAGCAGCAGUAGCAGCGACAGCAGCAGCAGCAAUAGCAGAAGUAAGAGGACGCGGGAGUCCCCAAACCUCGAGAAGUUCCAGCGCGUCCAGGGCAAGAAGAAGCGCAAAGGGAUCCGUGUGGUAGGCUUGAGUCAGCAGCGGCAGGCGGCCAACGCCCGGGAGAGAGACCGCACUCACAGCGUCAACAGCGCUUUCACUGCACUCCGUACCCUCAUCCCCACAGAACCGGCAGAUCGCAAACUCUCUAAAAUCGAGACCCUGCGCCUGGCAGCCAGCUACAUCUCCCAUCUGGCAAAUGUGCUUUUGUUCCCACCCGAGUCCCUUGGGGGUCGCCAGGACCACCCGCCGCUGCACUAUCUGCCCUGCCUGCGGGACAGCGAAGGGGGUGCUGGUGGCAGAAGCGUAGGAGCCCCGCGGCCCAUCUGCACCUUCUGCCUCAGUCAUCAGAGGAGGGUGGUAAGGAUGGCCCCUCACUUCUCCAGAAAAAGAAAAUGAGAAAAAGGACAGAGACAAAGAGAGCAACAGAGGCGUAGA